UCACACUCAGUGGCAUCACCUCUAAUGGCCUGAUAGAAAAGAAAAACACUAUCUCCUCAAACUCAUUGUUGACACAGUCGGUCGGGGAUGGCGGACACUGGGCAAAGAAGAGGGAGACGGCACGUUGGCUCUGUAGAGAUGGCCGCUGAAGAGAACCAAGUGGUCCUGUCUCUCCUCUGUGCCUUUGGGACCUGGUACAACAGCUCUGGCCACGCUGAGAGACUUAGCAGAAUCUCCUCUGAGACCAGCGGCAACACCUCAGACACGACAAACACGACAACCAACUCCUUCCAGAGACAGGUGGAGCUGUUCACCCGCGAGUGGCACGUCUUCCUGCCUCCGCGCCAAUCCAGGGCCAUGCAUGUUUGCCCCAUCCUGGGCUUCCUGGCGGUUUCUCUGGUGAUUCCUGUCAUCCUCACCCGAAUCCUGACCAGCCCCUGGAUGCGCCAGGAGACCCGCUACCUCCUCCUAGCCAAUGCGUUGCUAAGCGACAUGCUGUUCGUGUCGCUGUACAUGGUGAGUGCCUGUCUGAAUGCCACGGGCGUACUGAUGUCAGAGUGGGCGUGCUCCACCAUCCUCUUCCUGCUGGGGUUGCUGUACUGCGCUGGGAUCUUCAGUACCAAGGCCAUGGUGCUGGACACCUCACUGGCUGUGAUGGCUCCACUUCGAUACUAUGCCCUGUGGCCCGUCUCCAGGUAAUGGGAACACGGGCUGGGAGAGUUUUAUCAGUACUUCUUAUGACUUCACUAUAUGAUGUAAUAAUGGAUGGAGUUUAGAGAAACUGUUAUUUAUCUUCCAUCUUUCCUCCACUUCUUCACCAGUUGCCCUUUUCAUGUGGAAACAGGUCACAAAUCUUGCUGCUGUGCCAAAGCAAGUGAAAUGGAUAAACAAAAGUGAAAUAAACAAAAAGUGAACAGUAAAUAUUACGCUCACACAAGAAUAGACAUUUCAAGUGUCAUAUUAUGUCUAUAUACAGUGUGGUAACGAUGUGCAACUAAAGUUUUCUUUUUUUUAAAGGAAAAUAAAUCAACAUAAAUAUUUACAAUGGAUUUCGUUUUUCACUCGUUGCCUUUUUCUGGUGGCAGCGCAUCACAAACCUUGCUGCUGUGGUGGCACACUGGUAUUUCACCCAGUAGAUAUGGGAGUAUAUCAAUAUUUU